UACGCGCUCGCUGUCACUGCGGACGUGACGAUCAGAUAAGAUUGGAAAUGAUUCUGCACCGUGAAUAUUCUCUGGAGUUAAAACCAUAUUUACUUACCAUGAAAAACGUUACAUUAUAACUUUAGACGCGCAUUUAUUUCGUUUGAACGCGGCCCCAUCCUGGAGUGACGAUAUUGUGCGAGAUUCGAGGAGAAAAGAGCGUUUCCAACUCGGUCCGUUUCUGCUGCCUGUUGCUCAGCUGCGUCUGAAGAAAACCAGCAUCGAUACGCGUCGGAUUUGUCUCCACCUGAAAAAUGCCACGGGAUAACAAGAAGUCUCUCAUUCAGAAAAUAGCCAGCCAAGCCAACAUCACAUUUAAAGAUUUCAAUGCAUCCGCAAUUGGAGACAACAAAGUAUUAUUGGAAAACCGGGGGGAUCUAAUCACCCUGCUGACGGAAGUCAGGACUGCAGACCUGAAGAUGAAACCGAACGGCUCCCAUUCCGAACACAACCCACCUGUCACGUACAUGCACAUCUGCGAGACGGAGUCGUUCAGUAUGGGGGUGUUUCUACUGAACAGCGGGGCUUCCAUCCCGCUCCACGACCACCCCGGUAUGAACGGGAUGCUCAAGGUUCUAUACGGGAAAGUCAGUAUCAGGUGUUUUGACCUGUUGGAUAAACCUUCGGACCAGGUGCAGAGUGAGACCCAGUUCGACCCGCCGCUGCUGCCGUUCCAGAAGGACUCUCUGCGGCGGGCUGUGCUCCGGUCAACCAUGUGGUACACCCAUGACAGUAGUCCGUGUAUCUUAACCCCGCAGAGGGAGAACCUGCAUCAGAUCGACACGGUGGAUGGACCGGCUGCUUUCCUCGACAUCCUGGCACCUCCGUAUGACCCUGAAGAUGGGAGGGACUGUCAUUAUUAUAAAGUCCUACAGACUGUUUCCGACGCAGACAGUAAGGUAGAGGCGCAGCAGCCGUGGGAGGAAGAGACGUGGUUACUAGAGAUAGGCCAGCCUGAUGGCUUCUGGUGUGGGGGUGAACCAUACCCCGGGCCCAAGGUUUCCUUCUAAUGUCGGUGUUGUAAAGGCAGGGAUACCUGUGACCAAAUAGGGGCGGCUGGAGGACUUUCAAAAGACUGAAUCACUGUGACAUGAGUUGGAGCAGGUGAAUGAACUGCAGGUGGAUAAUGUCUCUGGGACAGGCCUUUUGUUUAAGUAUUGAACUUUCUCCUGUAAACUUCCAAAUAAGAUGUUUUCAUCCUGAACAGGCUCAGAAACGUCCUAUGCUCUUAACAUCAUUUGUUUGUAACUGAAAAUAUGAUAUGCCUUAUGUGAAUAUUGAAUGUAAACUUUGAAAGCAUUUAUCAUGUCUAGUUUCCAUGUGCACACUACAUUUUCUAUCUUUCAUGGAUUUAUUCCAAACAAAUGUGUGUAUGUGUAACCACUAGCUUUGUUUAUAAUUGAAGGCUUUUAUUUUGGGACAGCUGAACGUUCUACCUAUAGCCUUACUGAAUGUACAGUGCCUUUGGAAAGUA